AUCAAAUGAAAAAAAUGGUACGAUCAGUAGACAAGACCUCACUCUCCAUAGUCAAAAUUUCUGUCAGCUUUACCCAAAAGGAAAACCUCAAAGGAAAAAAAAGAAAGAAAACUCUUGCCAGUACCAACAGCCAGCCCUUCACUUUUUCUGGGUUUUUCACCUUUCUCUUCUCCCCAUAGCUCCUUCUCGAGUCUCAGUAACCUGGGCUGCUGCUUUAUCCUCUCACUCCAAAUUCUUCCAUUCUUAUUCCUUUAAUGGCGUUUCUGAAACCCUCUCUGUGUCUCCUCAUUCCCUUAUUUAUUAUCACCCAAAGUUUGCAUCUUUCUUCUUCUUCCUCGUCUUCUGAUGUUGAGCUUCUUUUGCACAAGAUUAAGCCUGCAUUACAAGGGAGAGCCGAGAACUUGCUGCUAUCUUCAUGGAACUCUUCACUGCCACUCUGUCAAUGGAGAGGCCUAAAAUGGGUGUUCACAAAUGGGACUUCUUUAGCCUGCAGCGACCUUUCUUCACCACAAUGGUCCAGCUUGUUCCUUUACAGAGACCCAAGUUUGCAUCUUUCCUCUAUUCAGCUUCCAUCAGCUAAUCUAUCUGGAGCACUCCCAAGAGAGCUAGGGGAGCUAACCAAUUUGCAAAGUUUGUAUCUUGGUGUUAAUGCGCUUUCUGGGUCCAUCCCAUUAGAGCUUGGCUACAGCUCUGCUCUCUCUGAUGUUGAUUUGGGGAACAAUUUGCUAAGUGGGCCUGUUCCUGCAUCCAUUUGGAAUCUUUGUGAUAGGCUUGUUUCACUUCAUCUACAUGAUAAUUCUUUUUCUGGGAUUCUUCCCGAGCCCGCAUUACCUAAUACAACUUGUAGGAAUUUAAGGUCUCUUGAUUUGGGGAAAAACAUCCUUUCUGGGACUUUCCCUGAAUUUUUGACUAAGUUUUCUGAGCUUAAGGAGCUUGAUCUUUCCAGCAAUUCACUUUCUGGGCCAAUCCCUGAGAGUUUGAUUGGGCUGCGUUUAGAAAAAUUGAAUCUUUCGUUUAAUAACUUUACGGGGGUGGUGCCAAAUUUGGGAAAUGUUAAGUUUGGUGCAGAGGUAUUUGAAGGUAACCCUGGACUUUGUGGGCCGUCUUUGAGGCCGUGUAGUGGAAGCUCUGGAUUGAGUUCUGGGGCUAUUGCUGGCAUGGUAAUUGGUUUGAUGACUGGUGCAGUAGUCAUGGUGUCAAUAUUGAUUGGAUACUUUCAGGCAAAGAAGAGGAAGCAUUUGGAUGAUGAAGAAGAAGAGGAAAUGGAGGAAGAAGAGGAUAUAGAAAAUGGUGGUGGCGGUGGCGAUGGAAAGCUGAUAUUAUUUCAGGGUGGUGAGCAUUUGACAUUGGAGGACGUUCUGAAUGCAACUGGCCAAGUCAUGGAAAAGACUAGCUAUGGGACUGUUUAUAAGGCAAAGCUUGCUGAUGGAGGGACAAUUGCAUUGAGAUUGCUGAGAGAAGGUAGCUGCAAGGAUACAGGAUCUUGUUUACCAAUGAUAAGGCAGUUGGGCAAGGUUCGGCAUGAGAAUUUAAUUCCAUUGAGAGCUUUCUAUCAGGGAAAAAGAGGGGAAAAGCUUCUCAUAUAUGACUAUCUGCCUAACAAGACUCUCAAUGAUCUCUUGCAUGAAUCACGAGUCGGGAAGCCAGUGUUGAGUUGGGCUAGGCGGCACAAAAUUGCUUUAGGCGUAGCCAGGGGUCUCGCACAUCUUCACAGCCUCGAAACACCAAUUACUCAUGGGAAUGUGAGAUCUAAAAACGUUCUUGUGGAUGACUUCUUUGUGGCCAGAAUGACUGAAUUUGGUCUUGACAAGAUAAUGAUCCCAUCUGUUGCUGAUGAAAUAGUGGCACUUGCUAAAGUUGACGGUUAUAAGGCCCCAGAACUUCAGAGGAUGAAGAAAUGCAAUUCCAGAACUGAUGUUUAUGCAUUUGGAAUACUUCUACUAGAGAUUCUUCUUGGAAGAAAACCUGGAAAAAGUGGCCGAAAUGGGGAUUUUGUCGAUUUGCCUUCACUGGUUAAAGUUGCUGUUCUCGAAGAAACGACAAUGGAAGUUUUUGAUGUUGAGCUUUUGAAAGGUAUAAGAAGUCCGAUGGAAGAAGGCUUAGUUCAGGCACUGAAACUUGCUAUGGGUUGUUGUGCUCCGGUGGCUGCUGUUAGACCUGGCAUGGAUGAAGUAGUUAGGCAGCUAGAGGAGAACAGACCAAGGAAUAGGUCCGCUUUGUACAGCCCAGUUGAAGCUAGGAGCGGAAGCGGUACUCCAUUUUGAUUUGUUUUUGUCAUGCUUUGGACACUCCAUUAAUGCAUUUUCACCUUUUUCUCCAAAGGAGAAUAUUCUUGUGUUUACUGCUUGCUUCUUCUGAUUCAUAGGGGUUGUUUUAUAGAUUUGCUAUAGUACUAGUUUUAGGCUUUGCUAAAAUUUGGUUUUGGCAGAAAGUAUGCA